AUGCUGCAGCCUUGAGCUGUACCCCACGUGCAGAUAAAAGGGGUCCCCCGACGCCAGAGAUGCUCUUCCGUUUAUCCUCCUGAUGGUCAGCCAGACCUUCCAAGGAACUAGAAGCAUCCCUGAUGCAUCCGGCCCCACAGCUCUGAACCCCAUAGAACAAGCCCAUAGACUGCAUGGCAACAGAAUCUCCUGUUGCCGUGUCACAGGAGGGUAACCAAGGUGAUGGGCAACAAUGGAGAACCUGAGAGAAAGCAACGCUGCCACAAAGGAGCCCCCAGAAGCUCUCAGCCAGAGGAGGAGAAAGGAAGCUGGUGGGGCGGUGGUGGAACAUGAUUAAUCUAUGCAGAGAUGUCCAGGAAUGCACCAUCCCCAGCUGGAAGGUGGAGCCAAAGUACUCAACCAAAGUGCUCAUUGGAAACUGGGGAGAGGAGAGGAGAAGGUUUGUCUGCGAUAACAAGGGGACCAGUCAAAGCACCUUCAAACAAGAUUUUAUUCCUUUCCACACCGGGACCCCAGACCGAACUGUGAUGCGGAGGCUUAUGAAGCGGCUGGAAGGCCUGCCACGGAAGUAUAUCUUGACCCACUGUGAAGAGGCCAGGCAUCGGCACCUGGUCACGCAGUACGACGAUCAAUACAACAGGCACGGCCACAACCCACAGCUGCCUCCACUCCGCAAAUGGGACAGGCACAAACUGGCAUGGACGCCAGAGAAAUCAGACUACCCCCUGGUUGAGCCCCCCACCAGCUACGGACUUUUGGAGCACCUGAUGGACACCUGGCACCGUAAAGAGCCGGAAGGGGCCAAGAGCGUCUACCACAGCUCCUACCCCAAGCCUCCCGCCUCGGCAUAUACCCAUCGCCAGCGGCCGGACACCAGGCGCAUCCUGGAGCAGAGCCGCCAGCAGUGGCUGCCCAGAAGCCUGGAUGCCCCUGCCUGAGAAGGGCAGA